AUGAUCCGGCUUGUAAUAUCAGCGGAUCCAAAAACGAAGAAGGUAAGGAAAUUACCAUUGUCGCUGAAAACGAAAGUAGUGCGGAUAUAUACCUCAGGUGCCGAUGAAGAUGAUGAUGAGCACAAGGAUGAUGAUGAAGAUGACGAUGAGCACAAGGAUGAUGAUGAAGUUGAUAAUGAGGACAAUGAUGCUAAUGAUGAAAACAAUGGUGAUGAUUCAGGUGAUGAAGUUGACAAUGACGAAGACAAAGAUGAUGAAGAAGACACUAAAAAUGAAGGAGAUAAUGAGAAGAAGGAUGAUGAGAAGAAGCAUGAUGACGAAGACAAUGAUGAUGAUGACUCAGGUGAUGAUCAUGGCAAUGAUAACAAAUUGGACUAUGAUAGUGAGUCUCCUAUCUUAGGCGACACCAUGCUCAUACCUGACAGAUCUCCCACACCGAAUCCACCUCCACAAAAGGAUAAUCCCUCUCGUGAUCCAUCUCAAUCAAUGCCUCCACCACGACAAAGAGAAGCCGUUGCCAAUCAAGCUCGUGAUGACAACAUGGAUGCAUCACUUCGUGAUGAAAACCUGGGAGCAUCACCUCAAGCCCAGCCAUUCAUAUUUGAACAUAGAAGUGCUCUUCGAAAACCUAUGCGUCCCUAUCCCGACCAAGAGCCCACCAUCGAGUAUCUUAGUCCCGAGCACAUCAUGCAUCAGGUGUUGAAUGCACUCGUUAAUGCUGAACUCAUUCAUCAACAAUAUUUGGUUCAUCGAGAAAAAGACAGCCGAAACAUAGCAGAUUUAUCUGUCAAAGAGGACCAUCUGAUGCAAACUGCAAACCUCCUCGAGGGUGAUGUAUUGACCCCCUCCGAUAUGGUUGAUGUCAUUACGGCGGAGGUUCUGGGCAUUGAAAAUCAUCCCCCUUACGGGUUUGAUUUCCGUGUGGCUUAG